ACUAGGCGGGAACCAAUGGGGCUGCUGAGCUUGGUGUGAAGUCAAGUAAGUGGGGGGUGGGGCUUCAUGCCAUUGACUGGCUGGUUGCUAGGCAACUUGGUAAACUGAAGGGGGGAACCUGUUUGAAAUCUCACUCCCAAGGUGGGGGCAGCAGGGGUCAGGUGAGUGUGGCUGAGCAGGAGUGGCAGGAGCUGUGUGUCAGACUGUUGCGUGUGACUGUGUGAGACUGUGCAGAUGGUGACAGACAAGACACCCGCUCACUCCCGCUCAACACUAUUUACCAUCAUCCAGCAGCAGAGGGACCAUUAGUCAGCUCUGGGGGAAGGGGAGCAGGAGGACCGCCUCCCCCCCCCCCGGACUCCCCCAGGAGGCAGGUGACUGAGUAGCCAGAGUCAAGGGCACACAUGAAAGAGUAAAGGUGCCGAAAAACACACAUGUCACAUUCUGUAUUCCCGUUAGAUGCAGGACAAGGGCGAGAGUCAUUCAGUAGCUGUUGCUGGUCUGGUUUCUUCAUUUAUCAGCUCUGUCUUUUUGGGGGGUAUGUUAUUUCAAGCAGUGGCUCCCCCCUCCCCCCACCUUGCCACACACUGAGAAGGGGGUCUCUGAAGAGAUACUGUCAGCAGAGGAUUUGAUUCUGGACCUCACAGCCUAAGGGAAGGUCCUGGAGGCCUGUGACAACUAGAGAGGGGAGAGGAAUGUCACCUCUGCCCAGAGGUGCUGAAAGCCAGGGUUCUUACACCCAAAAAGGCAAAUCCUCCUCCCUUCCCCCAGGAUAAUUGGAAACAGCCCUUCCGGCUGCAUGCGGGUUUUGGGUUGUAGGUUCUCCCUAUCUCCCGGCCCCAUUUCUCCCCACAACCAUCUAAGAAGGGCCCAAGUUUACCCCCGAAUCUCUUGCCUUUCGUCAACCUCCAGAUAGCAGUAGAGGGUCUAGGAGGCUGUGACAAAAGAGACCCCAGGAGUGGGAGUUCAGCAGCCUGGGUCUGGUUUCGGCUUUAUCCCAGAUUCCUCGUGUGACCUUGGGCAAGUCACGGGGCCUCUCUGAGCCUCAGUUUCUUCAUCACUGCCACGGGGAUCCUUAAGCCCUGCCCUUCCCACUUCACACAGGUAGUCGAGAAGGUCAACUCAGCCCACUUUGUAAAGUGCGGAGCCUUCAAGGUUAUUAUUAUUCUCUCCAGACCUCCCCGGAGCAGCGGUGUUGUUUUGGGAUGGGGGAGGAGGGGGCUGCGGGAGCGAAAGGGGCUGGGUUCCUCGGGGUGGAGAGGGCGAGAGCCUUUCUGGAUUUGAGGGAGCGGAAGAUUCCAACCGCUCGGGCGAUCCGAGGGCAGGAGGGGAGGUGGGCAGAAACUAAGCCAGAGCCGGAGAGUUGCAGAGACAAAGGGGGCGUGAGAGACCGCGCGGGGGAGUGAGGCGGGGCGGCGGGGUGAGGGCUGGGAGGUGCGCGAGGUGAGGGAGGUGUGGGGGGCGUGGGCUGCAUGAUCGCCCGCUCCGACUCGGGCUCCAGCUCCGGUUUUUCCCUCCGCCAUCCUCUCCCCCUCCCCGCCUCUCCUUUAACUCCCCCCUCCUGGGCUCAGGACUGGUUGGUUUCCUCCCUUAGCCCGCUGCCCUCAAUCCCGGCGAGGCUGGGGCUCCGGCUCGGCGCCCCCUUCCCCGCUCCCUAGCCCGGCGCCCCAUGCCGCCCCCGCCCGGUCCCCGGCUCCCCCAGUCCCCCACUUAGGCCCGCUCAUAAAUACCGGGGUGCCGGCGCGUGGGCCGGGGGCGCAGGGCGCCUGCAGACGGCCCCUGGAAGGGCUUCUGCGGGCGGAGCGCUCCGGAGAGGGGACGCGGGUGGAGCAGGAAGCGGGUCCGCGUGGGAGCGGGGGGCAUCAGCCACCCGGGUGGCCGGGGCAGAAUAGCCCGGGCGGCCAAGGCAGUCACCCCAGGGGGUGAGCGACUUUGGGGGAGUUGGUGCCCCGCCCCCCAGGCCUUGGCGGGGUCAUGGGGGCCCCCCAUUCUGGGCCGGGGGGCGUGCGAGUCGGGGCCCUGCUGCUGCUCGGUUUUUUGGGACUGGUGUCUGGGCUCAGCCUGGAGCCCGUCUACUGGAAUUCGGCGAAUAAGAGGUGAGCGGCCCGGGGGUGGGGAUACCCCACACCCUGUGGGCAGGGAGUCUGGAAGCCUUAGGGACUUUGGGGGCUGGGUUCUCGGAGCUGGGAGGAGGCGGAGGGAGGGUGCUGGUGAUCGGAUGUGAGCUGAUGGGCAACCAGACAGAGGUGGUCUUGGGAGCCAGACUCGCGGGUCACGCACAGAGCUGGAUGCGGGUGGUGACAACCAUGUGUCAGGAGUUUGAAAGACCCCCAAGGGGCAAGGAUUCGAAAGAUCAUGGGUAGCCGGGAGGACAGUGGAGUGGUUAUUUGGGUUUGUGGGAGACCUGUGUGGUGUCGGGGGCUGGGCUUAGACGGAGCCUGGUUAAUGUCAGCUCUCAGGAGAGCAGCUGAGUAGGUGCUGCUGAGGCGCUGAGAGGAAGGGCAGGGUGCCUCCCUCCCCAGAAGGGACUCAGUGGUGGAAAUGGGAGGGAAGGGCUCUCAGUUUGGGGGCUCUGGGGACAACUCCCCCAAGGCUUUUUGACCCUUCUUCACACAUCCGUCUCCUAACUCUUGCCCACAGCCAGAGGGUCUGUGAGUCCUUGGUGGAACAAUUUCCCAACCAGAAGAUUUUCCUGCCUUCCUGGCUUGGAGAUUUCUUUCUGGAAGAAGCCUGGAGCCCCCUAGAGCCCCCACUUUCCCUCUCGCAUCUGGAGUCCUGAGGACUCCGUUGCCCCCUCCCCCAUCUUUGCUGCAAACUCUUCCAUCAGACCCGCUGUUCUGAGGCAUGCUUGCUUUGCUCUGAAAACAGGCCAGGGGUCAGACGAAACUUCAAGCCACACAGAGUAGGACAGAACCCUUGGGAGGUCAUUUGGGUCCCUUGCCUCCAUGCAGAUCCUACUCCCCGUUAGCAAAAGAGUUUUGUGUUUUGAAAACUUCCUAAUUGCCUGGGGAGGCUGUGUGAGGCCAUGCAAAGAGGGUGUGCUUUGGAGCUCAUCAAAUCCUAGGUCUUAAUCCUAGCUCUGCUGCUUUCUGUUGUGUGGCCUUGGGCAAGUCACUUAACCUUCCUGAGUUUGUAUCCUCAAUCCUUACAGGUUUUAUGAAGAUUAGAGGUAAGGUAUUUGAACAUAUUAUAUGCUCAUUAAAGGAGAACUAGGGUAAUUAUUCUUCCUCUCUUUACUUCACAGCUUCCCUCACAUUUCCUGCCCUGGCCUCCCUCCCAUAUCUCUUGGGGUCUAAUCUCAAAUGUCUUUUCCCCUCUCAGUCUCCUACCCACCAACUCCCAGAUGCAGUUGGAGUAUCAGGAGCAGUGUGAGGAUGUUCCAGGCAGAGGGUGGUUACGUGCUCUACCCUCAGAUCGGGGACCGGCUAGACCUGCUCUGCCCCCGGGCCCGGCCUCCUGGCCCCCACUCCUCUCCUAAUUACGAGUUCUACAAGCUGUAUCUGGUAGGGGGUGCCCAGGGCCGGCGCUGCGAGGCACCCCCUGCCCCAAACCUCCUUCUCACUUGUGACCGGCCAGAUCUGGAUCUGCGCUUCACCAUCAAGUUCCAGGAGUAUAGCCCUAACCUCUGGGGCCACGAGUUCCGCUCACACCACGAUUACUACAUAAUUGCCACAUCGGAUGGAACCCGGGAAGGCCUGGAGAGCUUGCAGGGAGGUGUGUGCCUCACUAGAGGCAUGAAGGUGCUUCUUCGAGUGGGACAAAGUCCCCGAGGAGGGGCUGCCCCCCGAAAGCCUGUGUCUGAAAUGCCCAUGGAAAAAGACCGAGGGGUGGCCCACAGCCUGGAGCCUGGGAAGGAGAACACAGCAGGUGACCCCACCAGCAAUGCAACCUCCCGGGGUGCUGAAGGCCCCCUGCCCCCUCCCAGCAUGCCCGCAGUGGCCGGGGCAGCAGGGGGGCUGGCGCUGCUCUUGCUGGGCGUGGCAGGGGCUGGGGGUGCCAUGUGUUGGCGGAGACGGCGGGCCAAGCCUUCGGAGAGUCGCCACCCUGGUCCUGGCUCCUUCGGGAGGGGAGGGUCUCUGGGCCUGGGGGGUGGAGGCGGGAUGGGACCUAGGGAGGCUGAGCCUGGGGAGCUAGGGAUAGCUCUGCGGGGCAGUGGGGCUGCAGACCCCCCCUUCUGUCCCCACUAUGAAAAGGUGAGUGGUGACUAUGGGCAUCCUGUGUACAUCGUGCAGGAUGGGCCCCCCCAGAGCCCUCCAAACAUCUACUACAAGGUAUGAGGGCUCCUCCGACCUGGCUCUCCUGGAUCCAGCCCUUUGUGGGGUGCUCCUCCAGUUUAAUUCAUGGUUUGAGGGACACCUCUAGCAUCUCCUUGGCCCCCUUUGCCCCCCAGCUCCUUUGCUCCUCCUGGCUCUCGCCUCUUCUCCACUUUUAGGAUUCCCUAAGACAUCCACCCAACGACCACCUGCCCUCUGGUUGGCUGUGUGUGCCCCUCUCUGUCUCUGUGUUCCUGGGUCCUAUUCCCCUGGGGAGGGGGCAAAGAUUCAGCCUCUUCGUCUAACCAUGACCCAGGGAUCCUUGUCCGCCUCACCCACUGAGAGCUAGGGGUGGGAACAGUCUGUCUUUUGGUCGGCACCUCUUUCUGCCUCUCACUGUUUUUCUCUUCUUUUCUCCUCUCUCUCUUAUUUUCUGUCUCUCUCUUCUGUCUCUAGGUCUGUUCCUCUUCCCUAGCAUCCUCCUCCCUGUACCUCCUUUUAUUUACCCUCUUGGCUUCUUAUCCUGUACCUCUCCCAUCUCCAGGGUGGGGGCAUCAAAGCAUUUCUCCCCUCAGCUCCCUCUUCUGACUUCUCUUACCAACCGCUCCCCUCAGUCUGCCAAAAAUGGGGGCCUUAUGGGGAAGGCUCUGGCACUCCACCCCAGCUCAGGGCAUGGGUAGCAGGGCCUCCUCCUCUGCCCUGCCCCGGGCCUCUACAUACUUACUCCAGCCAUUUGGGAUGGUUGGGUCAUGACAGCUACCAUGAGAAGUGUCCCGUUUUGUCCAGUGGGCCAAUAGCAAGCUAUGAACCAGUCAGGACACAUGUGGACUUGGUCUGAUGCUGAAUGGGCCACUUGGGACAGGAAGUGACUUGCUCCAGACAAGAAGUGACCAGGCCUGGACAGAAGUGGCCUGGGAAGUGGAAGCAGUGCAGCAGGAACUGGAAGUGCCUUCAUCCAGGACAGGAAGUAGCACUUCUGAAAUAGGAAGUGGUCUGGCUGGAACCGGAAGUGGCUUAGUCUGGGGGGUGGGGGGAGGUGGAUGGUUCUUACUCUGUGGAGAAGGGCGGGCAGGAAGAACUUCCCAUUUCAGGAGGAAGCUGGAACUUACUCUAAGAAGAUCGGGUGGACUGAGGUUCUUCCUAGUAUUCAGUGUCACGUGCCAGGAUCUCCCUUCCCUUGUUCUCUGUGCUGCUUUUAGGACAGCUAAGGUGGCUGCCAUCUGCCAUGGCAGGCUCAAUUUGUCUUGUUCUUCCCUUUCCAUAUCCCAGUAUAAUCUCUGUUACUCAACAGGAUGACCCCAAGAACCCACGUGUUGUCCCCAGUAACCUGGAUGGCUGUCUUGUUCAUCACAUUCUCCAUUUCCUACUCCCUUCAAACUCAACACAGCUCCCUUCUUAGUGACCAAAAUGGUGGCCUACUGACUGGUCUAGCUGACAGUGGUCCUUAGCAACAGCCAGUCUUUCCAUAGUGACCAGCUGAUACCUCUUCCUGCCCACUAGUGCACAAUUGGGUGUUGCCUCAGUUUCCUCCCAGCUCAUUUCCUUUAGGUCAGAGCUGCCUUUGGGCACCACGUCGGCCACCUCAAUCACCAGCCAAGAUGGUUGCUUUGUCCACCAGAGGUCAAGCUCUCUCUCUGGUGCUGUAGUUCCCAGCUCCUUCUUGAUUUUUCUAAUCGCUCCUUCCAGAGAACAGGAAGUUGAUAUUGCCAUGGGGGAGGUGGCGGGGUGUGGCCGUCACCUCAAUAGUUUUACUGUAAAAGGGAAAUUUGAACAACAAAAACCAAAAAAAAAAAAUAAAAAACUUCAAAAGUUGAUGAGAAUGACUG